CGCCCUGCUUCGCGCUCCUAGUGCUUCUCCUAGUGCGAAAGUAAAAGCGUUUUUCACCGAACUCGUCCAUCCACAUUGACUCCGCUUGGCGGACGAUCCUCCACUCCAGUCAUAAGCAUUUCAUCUCUGGUCCGCACAGGACGUUCGUGUCGGUCAAGUCCAAGUCCAAGUCGAAAUCGAGAUCGAGAGCACUCGGUGUGCGACAGAGGAACCCAAAAGCUUGCGCCUGCGGUGAUUACGAGUCUUCCGGUUUCGCCAGCUGCUCCAUUGCAUAAUCGCCAGAGAUGCCAUCGCUGCUGCACCUGCUGCUCCUGGCGCUGUUUUUGGUGGCCAUGCCGACGCAGGGUCGCAAGAUCAAACGGAAGGAGCCACACUAUCACCAUCACGUCAAUGUGCCGCCGCCACCACCGCCGCCAUCUUCCCAUGGACCGGGUCCAGUGCCCCAGCAAACGGCGGUGAUCGAGCACGAGGUGCCGCCGUACACCUACGAGGCGAUUAACCACGACGAAUUCGAGCCGGCCAAGGUGAAACUCUCCCACUUCGAAGGCUCCUCCGAUUACAUAGUGCAUUCCCACAGCGGAGGCGGUGGAGGCGGUGGAGGCGGUGGCUACCUGGCCGACAAUGGACUGCGCAGCAUAGCGAAGGGUUCAGCGGAUCAGGCCCUCUCCGCAGUGGCCAGCCAAAAUGCGGCGGGCAAACAAGCAUCCUAUGUGGCCAAAAGUACUCUGGCUCAGGCGGCAGCUCAGGCAGCCGGCACAGCUGUGGCCGUGCUCAAGGGCAAGGAGGUGCUGCUCCAUCGGCUGGAGGAUCAGAGCGUGGAGGCCCACAAGGCCAUGGAGAACGAGCUGACCCAGCUGCAGCAGGCCAAGCGAUCCGCCAAGGCAGCCCAAUAUGCCGCCCAGCAGGCCAUCAACCAUGUCAGUGUCCUGACUGCCGCACUUAACAAUGCCCAAUCCGCCUCGGAGUUGGCACAAAAGGCAGCAUCCGAGGCGGCGGCCGAGCUGGCCUCCCAAAUUGAUAUGGUGGCGCAGGCCAAGACCAAGCUGGAGCACGCCGAAUCGCAGGCUUAUGCAGCUCGAUUGGACUACGAGGAAACGCGCGAUGCGGCAGAGAAGGCCACCUUGUCCGCCCAGGAGGCGCACUUGAAUGCCAAUGACGCCGCCUUGCAUGCCAACGUGGAGCUCGCGGAGAAUGUGCAUAUCCACGACAAGAGCGAUCGGAAUGUUCGCGAUCCGCCGCGAAACCACAGACUUCAAUAGUGCACUGCCACAAUCUAGGCUCGUAAUUCUUAUUUAUUUGUUUUCCUCAUUUAAUGUUUG